AAAAAUAAUACAUAAAUAAAAUAAUACAUAAAUAAAAUUAUAUAUAUAUAUAUAUAUAUAGUCAACAUUCCAAACAUAACCUGCAAUUUUAACAUUACUUGUGUAACUUUAUAAUACUGUAACUUUAAAGGAAUUAAACAUUUUCCAUUUCCAGUUGAGUAAUUUUAAAAUGUAAAAAAAAAAACACAAAUCAUAAUCAUAAUUUUAAAAUAAAUCUGUAAUGCCAAAUUCUAUGAGUGUCGUGAAGAAACCAUGAGGCUGCGAUAUGUUUUGGAAGAUGAAUGGUUUGGGUACUGCUGGUGCUGGAGAGUGAGCCGGGGUUGAUUGGGAUAAAGAGAUGGAAAGAGCUAGUGAGUUGGACUUGGAGGCGGGGGGAAGUUUCCAUCUCUGCGGGGACUGAAGUGUUCAUGCCUAGGGCCAGCGCUGGCUAACAUUCAACCCAGCCCUCCGCAACAAGCGUGCAACAGAAACCAGCAGACUGUAAGACGAUUCUCUUCAGUCGCCAUACCGCCUGAGAGACUCUUCUUCCCGGAUUUACUCUUCCUACUUACCGCCGAUAUUGUCUGGACGUCUUUGAAGACCGUUCUGCAGAACAGAGGAGCAGAGAAUUGAGACCAAGCCUGGUGUGCUCCACCCGAGAAUGAACGGAACUAUGGAGUUGUCUGCAGAAGUCAUUGCCGUCAACGAAAAAGCUUCAGAAAACUGGCCCAAAGAAGACCUGCUGGGCUUGCUGGAGAGCAUGAGGAUCAAUCUUCCCCAGAAUGACCUGACCAAAUUCAAAACUGCAGAGUCUCAUCUGGACUGGGGCAAGGUGGCCUUCAACCAGUACACAGCAGACAUGUGCAAACAGAAGUGGUUCGAGAUUUCUCAUGAGGUGCGGAAGUUCCGCACGCUGUCGGAAAUCAUCUUGGACGCUCAGGAUCAUGUGAAGAACCCCUACAAGGGCAAGAAACUCAAGAAACACCCUGAUUUCCCAAAGAAGCCCCUGACCCCCUACUUCCGAUUCUUCAUGGAAAAAAGAGCCAAGUAUGCCAAACUGCACCCAGAGAUGAGCAACCUGGACCUCACCAAGAUCCUGUCCAUGAAGUACAAGGAGCUGCCAGACAAGAAGAAGAUGAAAUACAUGCAGGACUUUCAGAGGGAGAAGGAAGAGUUUGAACGCAAUAUGGCAAGAUUUAGGGAGGAGCACCCUGACCUGAUCGAGAACUUUAAGCGCUCGGACAUCCCAGAAAAACCCAAAACUCCCCAGCAGCUCUGGUACAGUCACGAGAGGAAGAUCCACUUAAAAACACACCCUGAUGCCACAACCAAGGAUAUCAAAGAAGGCCUGGGCAAGCAGUGGUCCCAGCUGCCUGACAAGAAAAGGCUGAAGUGGAUCACAAAGUCUCUGGAGCAACAGAAGCAGUAUGAGGAGGUGAUGCGAGGGUACAUCCAGCAGCACCCGGAGCUCAACAUGAGCCAGGAGGGCAUCACCAAGUCCACCCUGACCAAGGCUGAGCGGCAGCUGAAGGACAAGUUCGACGGCAGACCCACCAAGCCCCCUCCGAACGGCUACUCCAUGUACUGUGCUGAGCUCAUGUCCAACAUGAAGGACGUCCCCAGCACCGAGCGCAUGGUGAUGUGCAGCCGGCAGUGGAAGCUGCUGACCCAGAAAGAGAAGGACGGCUUUCAGAAGCGCUGCGAGCAGAGAAAGAAGGCAUAUGAAAUUGAGAUGAACCGGUUCUUAUGUAGUCUCUCGGUGGAGGAGCAGCAACGUGUGCUGGGAGAGGAGAAGAUGCAGGGCUUCAACAGGAAAGGAGCUGGCAAGCCUCUCUCCAAGAAGAACUCCACCUCCAAGGGGGGCUCAGACAAACCCAAGCGUCCGGUCUCUGCCAUGUUCAUCUUCUCGGAGGAGAAGCGGCACAAGCUGCAGGAGGAGCGUCCCGAGCUGGCAAAUAGCGAACUGACACGGUUGCUGGCCCGCAUGUGGAACGACCUGUCUGACAAGAAGAAGGAGAAGUACAAGCGUCUGGAGGCUGCGUUGAAGGCGGAGUCAGAUAAGAAAGAGCUAGAGGAGCGCGGGCGCCUGCCGGAGUCUCCCAAAACAGCAGAGGACAUCUGGCAGCAGAGCGUCAUUGGGGAUUACCUGGCCAGGUACCGGAACGACCGCGCCAAAGCCCUGAAAGCCAUGGAGGCCACAUGGAAGACCAUGGAGAAGAAGGAGAAGAUCAUGUGGAUCAAGAAGGCAGCUGAGGAUCAGAAGAGAUACGAGAGGGAGCUGAGUGAGAUGCGCGCCCCUGCCACAGUGACAGGCACUGGCAAGAAGAUGAAGUUUGAAGGAGAGCCCAAGAAGCCGCCCAUGAACGGGUACCAGAAGUUCUCUCAGGAGCUGCUGUCGAACGGGGAGUUGAACCAGCUGCCCCUGAAGGAGCGCAUGGUGGAGAUCGGGGGGCGCUGGCAGAAGCUCUCGCAGGCUCACAAGGACCGCUACAAGAAGAUGGCAGAGGAGAAGCAGAAACAGUACAAAGUCCAGAUGGAGCACUGGCUGAAGAGCCUGUCCUCACAAGACCGAGCGAUGUACAAAGAGUACACAUCAAAUAAACGCAAAAGCACUGCAAAACCCAGGGGGACAAUUGCCAAGGUGAAGGCUGUCGUGGCCGUGAAAUCUGACACAGAGGAGGAUGAUGACGAGGAAGAGGAAGAAGAGAAAGCGGAUUCUUCAGAGGAAGAAUCCUCCAGCGAUGAGGAGAGCGAGGAGGGAGAGGAGAAUGAAGAGGAGGAGGAAGGUGACGAGGAGGCCGAAGACAAGGAGAACGAGUCCGAGAGCAGCAGCAGCUCCUCCAGCUCCGAGGAGACCUCGGACUCCGACUCGGACUGAGCCCUGAGACCCCAUCCCAAAACCAGCUCCCUCUUCAAACUGCUUCAACUGCACUUGAGUUUUAAAAAGAGGGGAGGUGGGGCGCCAUUCACCCUGUGUGCGCUGGAACAGACUCCUGAACCCAUAGCCUGUCCAACACGGAUGUAACCUUGGCAUGCUGGUUAACUAAAAAGCUGCCACUUUCCCAAUCCCCAGCCAUUAUUCUAAACCUUCCCUGAGCUCAUACACAGUUCUUCUACAGAUUGGACUGUCUGUCCUGCCAAAAAAACACCCCUGUCCCUCCAUACCUUCUUCAACACUAGAUGGUUUUAAAAAAAAGAGACAAACCUCAAAUAUACUGAAUGUUUGGGGUAGCAGUUCAGUAAGGGUAUACUGUAGCUGUGUUUUAAAAUGGACCGGUUUCAUAUAGAGUAGCCCCAAUAUAAAUUAUAUUUGUGUGGCAAUUAAACCUUUACCGAAAAAAUGUGUGUGUGGGGUGGUGCAGGCUUGCCAACACAGUAAUAACUAGAUUCCCACCAGCAUUUAAUUUGUUAGUUAUUUUAUUUGACCUUUUUAAAUUAAAUACAAAUAGUGUAUGUCUCCUCAGGCAAGCGGAUUCAGCUUUGGACUGUCAGUCAUGAAGAUGCUUUGACUGUUUGAUUUUGGUUGGAUAAUUUGGGUGGGAGGGAAGGAGGGGGGUGGGGUUACUCAGCUAUUUUGGCACUGACUAAAUGUAGUACCACAGAGUGGCCUGCAGGAGUCACUGCACACAGAAAGCAGAGUUAACUAUCAACUGAUCGGUUUAUGUAGUCUAAACAUGUUAAAUUACCUGACACUGAAUUUGAGAAUUAACAAACAGGAUAGGGGACCACAGACCUGUGUUUUUUUUUUAGGACUUUUUAGAUUUUAUUUCAUUUUAAUUUCAGAAAUACUGAAGCCAUGGCUAGUGUGUAGUUCAAAUAAAGGAAGAUGGUUUUCUUCUAAAUCUUCUGUUAUUUCAGUGUAUCGAGUUUUAAUCGUGCAAGAAAAUGAAAUAUAUAUGUGAAGCACAAGUUCCUUUUUAAACAUAGGCCUAAAAUUAAUAUUCAGUGUAUUUAUUGUUUACUUGGUACUACAUAGUCUAACAAUAUCCGAGGGUCUGGGUUUAAUAAGACUGGAUUUAUUAAAAUACCCAGAUGUAAAAGCAUAUAAAGGCACAUUAAAUAUUAAAAUUCAGAGAUACACCACUAUUUUAUUUGUUUUGUUUGUUUUUACCAGUAAAGUAUUUCUUACAAGCAAGCCUAAAGUUGACAGUUCUAUUUUCACAAAAUAACUCCUCGUGGCAUACCCUAUACCUUCCUUUAAAUCUUUAGGGUGAAUGUGAAAGAUGCCCGCUGUACUGUAUACUGUUGGUUGGUUUGUUUGUUUGUUUGUUUGUUUGUUUCUUAAAAAGAAUUGGCCUGCAGACAGUUCUCCUUUUUGAAGGUGUUUAGGUAAAGUUCUUUGGGUGGAGAUGAGUCCUAUUGUUCAGGGGCAUAGGAAAACCACUGUUUUCAUUUUUUUAAUUGACUCUUGCUUUUUACCCCAAACCCUGUAUUAAACUGUUACUAGAAUGGAAGCCCCCACUUAACAGCCCUCCUAUUAUUUUUAAAUAAGUGCAGCAGUUUUAUGAGGCUGCUGUUAAUAUUUGAACUAUUUCUAAUCCUGCAUGUUUUAUCAUUUCCCUACACCCUCCUAGGACUGCAUUAUUAUAUUUAUCUGAUUAAAUGAAAUCUGCGAUUUUUCAGAUUUUUAUUUUGUAUUUCUAUAAGAUGGCAUGGUUUAGUAGCUGGCAGCUGUUUGUUUUGUUUCCCCCUGUGAAAUUGUAUUUUAAACACGCACAGCUUUAGAGCAGAAUAAUAAGGCAGCUCAAAAUAAUUUCACAAAAGCAGAAAUAGAGAGUAGUAAAGCUGGUACACAAAUGCAUUCAGUGCAGUGUAACCAGAAAUGGCAGAGCAAGCCUACACGGUUAUAGAUGGUAAUGUUUUACUGUAUAGGUUUUGCUAUAUAUGUUUAUGAACUUCAUUUUUCUGUAGUUCUCAACAUCCCUUAAUUGUCUUGUAAAAUCCUCCCAUUCACAUUUGUUUUUUCCUUGAUUAUUAAUUAUUAUUACACAGGAUCAAGUCAUUUUAGCACUUUGCAAUGCAGCUGUGGAAGGCCAUGUCUAAGAAACAUUAAAAGACUCUGUAGGAGUCAUCCAUCCCAGUCAAAAAGCUGCAUCCUGCUGUUUUUUAAAGGAGCCAGUCUCCAAGACGAUGUCCUUUUUAAGAUGACCCAGUAACGCACAUCAUUUGGUGCACAAACCAGUUGAAUUGCUGAAUGUGUUAUUUGUCCAUUGCAGCACACAGUGGCAAAGUGACUUUUUAAUCACUUAUGUGCUUUGUGUUUUUGCUGUAUAUUUUUUUUCCUGAUGCCAAAACAUCAGGGGAAUAAGCCAAUUUUGCUGUGUAGCUUCAGUCUUGUGCUAACAAAAACAAAACAAAAAAAUCUUAACAGGCUCAAUGGUGUAGACUUUAAUCUACAUACUGAUCCCGUAGUCCAAGCUGCUCUGGAGUGGUGCCUGAGCCGUCUGUGCAAUCCAACGUGAUCCAAGUGAUAGCAAAUGUUACCAGACCCUCAAAAUUUAUUGAGGUUCUGCCAUACAUACAGUUUUUAAAAGUGCAUUUGAGUUUUCUCAAUCUAUGAAGUUUAUAGCAUGCAUCAUUUCUGCAGUGGACGUUAGGAGCUCAGAAAGAGGACACUUCCAAUGAUGCAAUUGCUAACGUGUGAAAGAGAUUGCACAGGGAUAUUUAAAAUUGAAAGGGGUGUGGGGAGGCUUUCUUUGUGUGGGGUUUAAUAUGGUUGUAUGGUAUUUGUAUAUAAUGCUCUUCGUAACAUGUGGCUUUUGUUUUACAUGUACAUUUUAUUUUUUUGUUCUUGCAGCAUUUUUGGGACACUGCUUGGGGAGGAGAUAUUUUUUUCUUUUCUUUUUUUAUAUAACUGUAAGAGAAGAACUUAGUGAAUGUUUUUCUAAUGUUUCAAAAGUGUUCUUUUUGUAGAAACAAAAAUAAAAUGCUUUGCAGGUUUGUAUCGCUGAUUUAAAAACCUGAAAUCUAAGAAUUUUUCUAGGUAAAGGUGUACUUUUAUUUCAAGUGAUUUACUAUUUGAGCAAGUAAACUUUGUUUAAAAAAUAAUAAUAAUAAAAAAAAAUGUAAUGUC